AAAAAAGAAAAAAGAAAAAAAAAACCAGUAUACGUCCCCUUCCUCAUUUCUCUAGUAAGCCAUGGGCUCCAUAGCUAUCUUGUCUCCGUCGCUUCAGCACCUCCAUAUCCUUCACAGUCAGGUUUGGAUUCUUAUUAUUGUCAAGUUCUCGCCAUUUCCAAUCGCCUGCGAAGUUUGGGAUAAGAGUUUUUCUCCUCCCUUUUCCUCUCUGAUUCCAAUUGGGGCUUCUAGGGUUUUGGAUUUGGGGGAGAGGAGAGGGAUGAGGGUCCACCCGGUCCGCUCGGCGGCGGCUACCGGAGGGAGGCGGAAGCACCUCCGUCGCCUCCCCCACAUCUUCAGCAAGGUCCUUGAACUCCCCCUCGCCGCCGACGCCGACGUCGCCGUCCACGAGGACCCCGAAGGGUUCCGCUUCGUCGUCGCCGCCGCCGCAGUGGGUCUCGACGGCGGAGUCCGCGCCCACGCGAUCCGGAUCCACCCCGGCGUCAUUAAGGUUGUGAUCAGGCCCCCCGCCGCCGCUGCCGAGGAGGUUCUCGACGACCUCGAGCUCGACCGGUGGCGGUUCCGGCUCCCCCCGUCGACGAGGCCGGCGCUUGCCGCUGCCUCCUACGACGGCGGGGAGCUGGUGGUGACGGUGCCGAAGGGGUCCGGAUCGGAGGAGUCCGAUAUCGAUGAGGACGGAGGAGGAGGAGAAGAGCGGGAGGGUUGGUGGGGAGAUGAGGACGAGGAAAGGGGGAUCGGAUGCAACAGAGGGACUCACCAGCUCGUAAUUGUACAGUAAUGCUCCUCUCUGUCAAUAAAGUUUGUAUCUUUUGAUCUCUUGCGAACUCUUUAUCGUCGAAAAAGGGAUCUUUUGGCUCGCGAACUGAUUUUCAUUCAAAUUUCAACAAUUUCAUUUUCUGUGUAAUUUCCUGUGAUGCGUCACCAUAAAGUUGCUAACUGCUCCACUUCAUUCGGCAGUGAGAUAACUCUUCUUCUCGAUUUUUAUUUUUUUUCGAGUUCUUCUCAAUAAUUUAAAUGAUCGAUAUUUUUUCUCU